AUGGCGACUCGCGUAGAGGAGGCAGCUGAAGGAGGAGGCGGCGGCACUAAGGAGGCGGCUGAAGGCGGACGGGGCGGACGGCGACGCAGCCCACGGCAGAAGUGUGUCCUGGGCACAAUGGAGGAAACUGGAAUGUGCGGGUUAGGAGUGGAAGCAGAUUUGUUGUGCAACUCACAAGCAGAUGAUAUUCUUCAACAUCAAGAUUCCCACUGUGAUGGCACAAGUAACAAACACUCACUGGAAGAAGAGGAAGGCAGCACCUUCUUAACAAACAGCAGGGAUUUGGUGAGCCCACCUUACUGCACACAAGAGUCACUGGAGGAAACUCCUGGGCAGGAAGCUCGCACCUGUCCCCCUGAUGGGCAGCAAGAUUCCGAGUGCAACAGGAGCACGGAGAAGGAGCUAGGAAAAGAAGUUUUAUUAUUGAUGCAAGCCCUAAACACCCUUUCGACUCCAGAGGAGAAGCUGGCAGCUCUCUGUAAGAAAUAUGCUGAUCUUCUGGAGGAGAGCAGGAACGUGCAGAAGCAGAUGAAGGUCCUGCAGAAGAAGCAAGCGCAGAUCGUGAAGGAGAAGGUCCAUCUGCAGAGUGAGCACAGCAAGGCCAUCCUGGCAAGAAGCAAGCUCGAGUCCCUCUGUAGGGAGCUCCAGCGGCACAAUAAGACUUUGAAGGAAGAAAAUAUGCAGCAAGCCCGAGAGGAAGAAGAAAGACGGAAAGAUGCCACGUCACAUUUCCAGGCCACGCUGAAUGAAAUUCAGGCCCAGCUGGAGCAGCAUGACGUGCAUAAUGCCAAACUUCGCCAGGAGAACAUUGAGUUGGGCGAGAAGCUGAAGAAGCUCAUUGAGCAGUACGCACUGAGGGAAGAGCAUAUCGAUAAAGUGUUCAAACAUAAGGAACUGCAACAGCAGCUUGUGGACGCCAAGCUCCAGCAGACCACACAGCUCAUAAAAGAGGCUGAAGAAAAACAUCAGAGGGAGAGAGAGUUCCUAUUAAAAGAAGUAACUGAAUCGAGACACAAAUACGAACAACUGAAACAGCAGGAAAUACAGCUAAAACAGCAGCUUUCUCUUUAUAUGGAUAAGUUUGAAGAAUUCCAGACUACCAUGGCAAAAAGCAAUGAACUUUUUACAACCUUCAGGCAAGAAAUGGAAAAGAUGACGAAGAAAAUUAAAAAACUGGAAAAAGAAACGAUAGUGUGGCGGACCAAGUGGGAAAACAACAAUAAGGCACUUCUGCAGAUGGCUGAAGAGAAAACUGUCCGUGAUAAAGAAUACAAGGCCCUUCAAAUAAAACUGGAACGGUUAGAGAAGCUGUGUAGAGCUCUUCAGACUGAAAGAAACGAGCUCAGUGAGAAAGUGCAAUUCCUGGAGCAGCAGGUCGCCCUCCGAGCAGUAGGGGUGGACUUGCUGCCGCUGGCAGAUGAGUCCUCCACCAUCCUGGAGGAGUCCCACGGGGAGCCGAGCUCGGCUGACAACACCCCCAGAGCCCAGCUGGCAGUGGAGCAUGAGGUCGCCCAAGAGACCCUGUGCAUCAGCCCAUUUCCGACCAUCGAUUCCGUUGACUAAAUGUGCAAUCACUGUAUGGAGAGCUCUAUUUUGUGUAUAAUUUUCUGUUAGUAGUAACUAUUGGCUUUGUGGUGAAAACUUUCUUACUUUUUCUACCAUAUCUGUAUUUUCUUAGAACUACUGGACUUAUGUGGUGGUACAGGAGGCGGCUUAGCAGUUUUGAGUCAUUGGAAUCUGUACCUUUUCCUCAGCUGUCUUGCACAACCCCCUCAUUUGCCCCUUCACUGGAAUGCAUGUGUUCAGUGCAGACUCCUGUCCCCGGCUCCUUGCACAUAGUCGUCUUCAUUGACAUUUCAGUCAGGACAGGGUUCACCAUCACCGAGGAACUCAGUUCUGUUAAUGGCUCCUUGAUGUGAAAACCAUAUAGAAACCUGGGUUCUCCCUCCACGGUUCAAAUCUAAAACGAUGGCAGUUCAUUUUUGUCUAAAUCUCACGUCAAAAUGCUAAGUGAAAGUUAAUGUUGGUCAGAAGCGAAAAUACUAGACUUAAGCUGGCUGUAUAAAUAACCUGUAUCACUUGACAAACUGAGGGGUGGACACAUGCCUGAAAGCUUCCGAAGCUAAAAAGAUGCUCUUGCCAACCAGAUACAUUGCAGGCAGAUAGUAGUGACCGGCACGUGGCUUUUAUACCACCUGGAGGCUGACUGCAGAGAACGUUGGGCUAGAUUUGAUUGGGAUCUGGAUACAUUCACCACAUUCCACAGAAAGCCCAUGAUCCCGUUCACGUUCGUGUAAGAUAGGGGUCAGUUAUGGAGGCCUUACCUGCUGCCUUGUGGUUCCUUAGAAGUUGGUGUUCAUCUCUUUUACGAGAGUCCUACUAGCAGUGUUCUGGGCCUUUUAAAGUGAAUUUUAACUGCAACAUAUAACAAUACCAACUUCACCUGGAACACAUUUAUUUCGAGAAAACUGAAGUGGAGGGUGUGAGGUAGCCACGAUCGAUGACUUCAGCUUUCAGUCCAUUCUGAAUCGCUCAUUUACUGUCAGAUUUUUAGAGGUGAAACAAGUUAUUACUAAAGUCCCUGCACUUGGGAACAUUUCAAAAUUAAAAGCACAUGUUUGCAUUAGUUCCUUUUUGGUUUGGUUUUCAGUGUUGUCUGGCUAAAUUAUGCAAAUGUUAAGUUAGGCCCCACUCCUAAACAUUUGGAUUUUGUCCUUGGUAGAAUUUGCAUUGAAACACUUUAACAAAAAGUUCUAUCUACUGAACAAAGCUAUCAAAUAGACACUUGUUAAAUGGCCUACCGGACAAGUUCUUCCCUUUGAUCCACUUAAAGUUCUUUAGCAUGCUGUUUGUAGAGUCCUCUACUUUCCUGGUCUUAACUGGGCGGAAUAAAUUGGAACGUGCCAGGUCCCUGGGCAACAGCCCCAGAGUGGAAGAGCAUACCUGAGCUUUACUCAAAUACCCGCCAGCCAGGGACAAAUCCACAAAGCAGGCUACCUGAUCUCGCAAAAUGAGGAAGAAGCAAAAACAAAACCACCCUUCCACAGCCUCUUAUAAAUACCUACCCCCACACUGCUUUCAGGUACUCAAGGAAGCCUGGGACCCAGCCAUGAAGGUAUAGUUCAGAAAUAUAAUCUACCAUAAAAUUAGUACUGAAGAUCACAUUUCAUAAGAACUCUGUCAGAUGUACAGCUCUUAUCAUUUUACCCAGCCAGUUGUGUAGCUCACAUUGCUCUGUGGUACUUGUUCUGUGUGGAGGAUUGUAAAUCUUGGACCCGUUGCAUAUUUUCAAGGGUUUUAUAAAGCAAUGUGAUUUAACAGUACUUGGCCUGCUGCUUCCAGCUUACUGUGUAUUUGAAGCUAGAUGCUGUCAUGGUGUUGAAAGAACAUGGAUUCUGUUUGGGAUAUGCACUUGGUUUCCCUUCAGAAUCUUUCUUCCCAUUAUUACCCUGUGAAGAAUAAAAUCGGGACCCACUUGUGAGGACACCCUCUCGAACAAUCACCUCACCAGCCCAGUGUUGUGGCUUUGUAGCACACCGUUAUCUCCCAUAUUCUAGAACACUGUAAUGCUACUAGGCUGGCUCAGAAAAGGUUUAAAUAUUAGUUCACUUGAAUUGCAUUUGUUGCACCAUUAUGGAAUCUUGUUUUGUACCAUUUAUGGUGGCAGUAGAAUCCACGGUCCAUCUAUAACAAACCUGGGUCUUGGUUAAUGGACCAGUUUAUCCUCAGACUGUAGGAGUAAUUUCUUGGUCUUGAGACCGGUGUUUGGGUUUUUCUUUUAGUUAUGUAUGCAACUGCCUUUAUCACACCUGGUUAUCACAAUUCAACUCUCAGGUGUUGCAGAAAAUCUACCUCUUUCAGACUGUAGAUGGUAAUAACUGUGAAAAAGAUGCAGAUAUCUUCUAGUUUGUGCUAAACACACUGCUUUAUUUUUACAGCCCACGUCUCUCAUGAGGAUACGAAUUGUUAAGAGGCAGUCUUGUUUUGCUUUUCAAAGACAUUUUGUAGAGAUUUUUCACUAAUGUGAAUCUGAUUUUAUCUACUCAAUUCUGUAUAGCUUAAGUAAAUAUGUAUGAUAAA